AGUUAUGCCCUUUGGGCUCACGAACGCCCCGACGACUUUCCAAAUGACCAUGAACCAAAAUUUCAGUUUGCUCGUAGAUAAGUGUGUUAUAGUUUACCCAAACGACAUCCUAAUUUGCAGCGAGACCCAGAAGCAACACUUAAAGGACCUCGAAUCAAUUUUCACGCUAAUGCAGGAGCAUCGGAAGCUCACAAAAGGGUCUACGUGCGAUUUCCUCAAGCGUAGAAUAUAAUUUUUAGGUCAUGUAAUUUCCGCUAAU